AUGUUUAUACCUUACAACCAUAUUUCAAACACCCUGAACCUUUCCUCUGGUACAAGCUUUGGUAACCUGUACUGUUACCCAUUGAUUGUUACCUCAGAUUCCUCUAUUCCCAACUCAACUAUAGGUCUUAGCUGUGGAUUUCCCUGGAUCUUUGCUGCUGGAAGCUUGAUCUACGGCUAUAACACUACAGAUUCAUACCUCCAUAAGUAG